CGAUUCUUCACCAGUUUCAUAAAACAGCAUUCAGAAAGUCAUCCAAUUGUGGGAUUUUGGCUCCUUUUCUCAUUCAUACUCUAUUUUCCUCUUCUAAUGGAUCCAUCAGGACUACCUCGAACAUCUGGUUCCACCCAAACGUCAUUCCCUAAUGCUUACAGCCAGAACACAAACAACAGUGGUACGAGCGACAGUGGGGGCUACUAUGUUCCGCCUUCGUCCGAGCUAACAUCCUCAGAUCAUGAUAACGCAUUGGGAGUCAUCGAAGCAGCAUUCAAACAAACAGACUGUAUGCUGGAUCAGCGAGAUAUGAAAGCGUUUGGAGAUAAUUCAGAGAGCAUCUUUCAGGAACUCAACAAUAUCAGGAAGAAACAGUUGGCAUUGGCUGCGAAACAUAUCAGUAUUGAGACAGUUGCAGACGAUGACAGGUCAUUAGCACCUGAUGGGAAACUUUUAGAUGCGGCCGAGAAGGACGAAAUUGAUCCAUUCCAAUUCGCGAGGAAAGGAAAAGAACUGCAGGAUCUCAUGGCCAGUCUGGAAGAUCUAGGUCGAUCCAUGUCUGAUUUCCAUGAACUUUCGAAUUCGACCAAGAAACAGCCAACAUUUGUUUCAUAUCCUUCAUCAGCUCCAAGAAAAUAGUAUUUGUCCAUUGUAUAAAUAGUACAUUUAUUUCCUUCAUUUAAUAUAUACCCAUUUCUCUUUGGAAAUAAAUCAUUACUUUUUAUUAACC